AGCCAGCUAAUGUCAACUUCUCAUAACUUACAAUUAAGUUACUUACCAUUGGCUUAGUUUAGCUAGAUAGCUACCUUUAGUUAACUUAAGUAGAAUUUGUGUUUUAUUUUAUUAAACACAAAACAUUUAUGACAACCUUCUAAAAGCCUGUCGUCAGUAAAACACUCCCCACCCACCACCAAACUCACGCUGAAAAAGCUAUAGCUAGCAUGCCAUCAGACAAACUAAAACAUGCUAAGCUAAGCAGUAACAGCAGUAACAGUGAGCAUGGUGUAAUGAAGCAGGUCCGCUUCUCCAGCGGCUGUAACUCAGACAGCGACUCUCAGGAGAAACCGUGCGGAGCUCCGCUCAGCGGCCGCCCGCAGAUCCAGCUCGGGCCUCAGCUCAAGCUUUUACCCCUGAACGACCAGGUGCGAGAACUGCAGACUAUACUGAGAGACAGGUCAACCAGCAGAGGGGAUUUUGUGUUCUGUGCGGACAGACUGAUUCGUCUAGUGGUUGAAGAAGGACUGAAUCAGCUUCCGUAUACUGAGUGUGUAGUGACCACACCAACUGGGCACAAGUAUGAGGGGGUCAAGUUCGAGAGAGGCAACUGUGGCGUCAGCAUUAUGAGGAGUGGCGAGGCGAUGGAGCAGGGUCUCAGAGACUGCUGCCGCUCCAUCCGCAUCGGCAAGAUUCUUAUACAGAGCGACGAGGAGACCAUGAAAGCCAAGGUUUAUUACGCCAAGUUCCCACCCGACAUUUACAGACGCAAAGUCCUGCUCAUGUACCCCAUCCUGAGCACUGGAAACACAGUGAUUGAAGCGGUGAGGGUACUGAUGGAUCAUGGUGUUGAUCCUUCACACAUCAUCCUCCUCAGUCUGUUCUCCACUCCUCACGGGGCUAAAUCUAUAAUUGACGAGUUUCCAGAAAUCACUAUACUGACUACUGAGGUGGACACGGUCGCUCCGAGUCACUUCGGACAGAAAUACUUCGGAACAGAUUAAUUUACUGAAUUUACACCCUUUUAAAUGUGUGCCUUAUUUUCAUAUUUUGCAUUGCAGUAUUACGUGUUCUACACAAAAUAUUAGUAUUUAUUUCAUGUUCUCAAGGUUUGUUGUUAUCUUAGGAAGUGUCUGGUAAUGUCCAGGUCACACGUUGUCUGCCUUAAUAUCCUGGGAACUAAACUCUUGGCAGAACUCUGGGUCAGAUAUCACUUCCUCUGAAGCCUCUCCGUCAAACUGCCAAAGCUCCACAUAACGGUCCUACCAAGGGGGUUAAGACUAUUAAAUACAGGCAAUAUGUUAGGAGAAUAUGUGGUUGAACACUUAAAAAGUUCUGUUUGGUUCAAUGUGUGACUAUAAAUACAUGUAAAAUAUAAACAAA